CGGGCGCAGAGCGGCCGAGCCCGACGCCGAGAUGCCGGCCACCGAGAAGGACUUGGCGGAGGACGCGCCGUGGAAGCGGAUCCAGCAGAACACCUUCACCCGCUGGUGCAACGAGCACCUCAAGUGCGCCCAGAAGCGGGUGGGCAACCUGCAGACGGACCUGGGCGACGGGCUGCGGCUGAUCGCGCUGCUGGCGGGGCUGAGCGGCCAGAAGCGCAUGUACCGCAAGUACCACCAGCGGCCCACCUUCCGCCAGAUGCAGCUGGAGAACGUUUCGGUGGCCCUGGAGUUCCUGGAGCGGGAGAGCAUCAAGCUGGUCUCCAUCG